UCUGUCAAAUUUUAAAUUGGAGCCAUAAGUUUUUUUUUCAUAAAAUUUCAUUCAGGAUGGCUCUCCGAAGUUUAUCAAUUUUAAAUUUGUUAAAAACAAAAAACCAUGUAUUUAUCAAUAAUUUAAGUAAUCCAUUAUUAAAAUCCAACAAAAUUUUGUAUAGUACAGAAGUUACAGUAGAAGCAACUCCAUUGGCUGUCAAUACACAAAAAGUUAGCAAAGCCAUGAAAGCCUAUCUGCAACGGGCUCAGGAGCACGAUCAAUUCAUGAAAACACAACACAUUGAAUACGAAAUUGGUAAAAGACACUUGGCCAAUAUGAUGGGUGAAGAUCCUGAAACAUUCACCCAAGAGGACGUAGAUAAUGCAAUUGAGUAUCUAUUCCCAUCGGGAAUUUAUGAUAAACUUGCAAGGCCAGCUAUGAAAAGUCCUGAUCAAGUGUUUCCAGCACGAAAGGCUGCUGAAUUCGAUGAAACUGGACGUCCAUUCCACAGCAUGUUUUACACUGGCAGGCCUAACUUUUUUAAGUUGCUUUAUGACAUUGUUGAGGAAAUCAACAAAUUAAACGAUAUGGAGGAGAGAAUGAUACGCCGUGGAACAAAAGCGGAUGCUGAACAAAAAGUUGAUCUGACGGGUUUUCAAUGGAUUCCUAAAGAACAAUUGGAAAAACAAUUAGUCGAAAUGAUUGCUGACAUAGAGUAUAACAACUUUGUUAAUGCAAUGGAUCGUCUCGUUGCUCAUCCAUACUCGUAUAAAAUGAAAGAUUUUAUUUAUAAAUAUACAAAACCAUUGUUGGAUCAAAGUAAGCAGCCAGAAAUUCCAAAACCACAAAUCGAUGAACAAGGCAGACAGUUUAUUACAACAUAUGAAUGUUUAAGAAAGAAGGCACGUGCUGAUGUAACAAUCCGACUUCCUGGAACUGGUCAGAUUAAAAUAAAUGGCGAAGAUAUAACGUAUUUUGAACAUGCACAAUCUCGGGAGCAGAUAAUCUUUCCUUUAAUUUUCACCAACAUGCUUGGAAAAGUUGAUAUUGAAGCUAAUGUCGCAGGUGGUGGCUGGUCCGGCCAAGCAGGUGCUAUUCGCUGGGGUAUCGCAAUGAGCUUAAGAAGUUUUGUCGAUCAAGAUAUGAUUGAAGAAAUGCGAUUAGCUGGCUUACUAACCCGUGACUAUCGUCGUCGUGAGAGAAAGAAGUUUGGUCAAGAAGGAGCUCGUAGGAAAUAUACCUGGAAGAAGCGAUAAAAUGUUCUAAAGCUUCAUCCAAAUAAAAUAAUUCCUAGCCACAUACAAAGAUAAAUAAAAUUGUCAUUUAAAAUAUA